UGGCAGGAGGUGGAGAAGGAUGGGAGGCUGUAUAAAAGAUGGAAGAGACAGCCCAGUCCAGCCAGAGCGCAAAGCAAGAGGCUGGGAAAGGUGGUCUUGUGAGGCUGUUGAAGGAAAGAAGGAAGGGAGGACUCUGGAGCCUUGAGAGAUGGGUUUGGACACCCGCUCCCCCAAAGCCACCCCAGGCUCCCUGGACCGUGAGAGCACACCGGGGGUCUCUCCGCCGGCACCCCCUCCUUAUGCUGGAGAAGGGGCUCUGGAGCUCCGGGGGUCCCUGGAUUGCUGGGCCUGUGCUGUCCUGGUCACCCUCCAGAACCUGCUGGUUGCUGGGCUCAACCUCCUCUUGGUGGCAGUCACUUUUGGGGUCAUCCUGCUCCCUGCUGGGGUCCUGGUGACCUUUGGGGUCCUCUGUCACUCCAAGUUUUUACAUACCCAAGCUGCCUACUGCACGCCUCACUUGCACGACGCUGCCUCCGUUGCCCUCCUGGUGGUGGGCUUCACCCUGGCAGUGCCCCUCCUAGUCCUGGCCUUGGCUGCCUACUGCCGCUUGGCUCGCCGCCUCCAGCUGGGCUACUGCCUUGUCCCCUACAGCAAAGCCGUCUACAAGAACCUGCCGGCCUCUCAGUAUCACAGCUCCGGAUGCUGCUGCUCUCAGGAUCUUGACCCUGUGGAAAAAGUCUGGGUUUGAGGAAUAGAGGGCAAUUUAGGAAUGGGGAGGUCGCAGAUUUAAAAACAAAACACAAGGUAAGCUCAGGAUUAAAGAACAUGGGCUGAGAAAAUCAAAGUUUUCAAAUGUCUAGGAAACUGUUUUUCCCCUACCCUUCCAAACCAAAGGUGGAUACUACUCUGCUGUGAAAUGUGCAAUUGUAUAUCAGACUCUCCUUUAAUUAUGGGAGUUGCUCGUGCAUACUACUGUUGCAAAUGCAAGAGGUGUGACAUCCUAUCAAGAGACUUCUGAGUUCAGCAAGCACAGCGGGAGAGGAAGCGAGAGGCAGCAAUUUGGCCAAGCCCUCCCCAUGCCAAGAUUUCUUCCAAGGACUGUCAACAAUGCUGCUAGGAAAAACCAGAGGAAAUGCUUUUGUCAUGUUUAUGGGAAAGGAGCUGCGGCUGCAGACCCCUUGCCUGGCUGGGCCAUGGACAGAAAAAUAAAUGACCUAGUGUCUUCCAAUACCAUACAGGACAGAUCUAGAAAAAGGCCCAGAUUGCUCAUAGAAUACAAUUUUAGAAGCUGGAUGACUGAUCCAUACUUGAAGAUGGAUGGAGAAAUCACCUCUGUUGCUCUAUUCUGGGUCUUACUAGUGCAUGUGGCAGUGGUGCUCCUAAACCUCAGUUCUUCCCUCAAACACUCUUUUGUUAACCUCCAGUGAUAGGGAAAGUAUGGCCUAUUGGCCACAUGUAGCUCCAGCUAGUUGUUUUUUUAAAAUGGCCCAAGUCCCCCCCCCCAACCCUUCUUUUCAGAAUUUGUAUGCAAGUUACACAAGCAAAGUUGUUGAAGACAAGAAAGCAGUGCUUAGCUCCCUAAGAUCCAAAAGAAAUGUAUCAAAGAUAUGAAAAGGCAUUGAACCCUGGAGCUUUGUAUGAAAGGGCUACUUGAAAUUUCUCACACUAUCACAGAUGUAGAAGGGAGAGAGGAGGAGAGAUUCUGGCCAAGCAAAGAGCCUGUGGAAUCCACUGCUACAUGGAAUCACUCUCUUACAUACUUAAGCCCUUUGUUUUCCUCAUGCCGCCACUCCUUUCGACUCUUGCAAAUGUAUACAAAUCAUUCAUACUGUUUGUGCUUUUAUUUCAGGUAAACAUGUCAAUGAAUUGAAUUUGUACAGUUCCGUCCAUAUACAGUCUAUAUAACUUUGUUACACA